AUGAGGCAACAAUUCUCCAAAGAAAUAGCGCCUUGGAUUUCAAUGGCAUAUAUCAACUGGAUAAUUUUUUUUCGCCAAGAAACAAAUAUUCAUCGAUUCUUUUCAGAAAUUUUCGUACCUCUUGAUUGUAUUUUUUUAGUCGUCAGGAAAUAUAAGGACGGUGCAAGUACUUCGCUUACAGAAAUUUAUAAUAUCGAUAAAGACCGGGAGUUAUUAACAAAUUUAUUUGGUGUCUGGAAUGAAAAAGAUGGUUUAAGAAUAACAAAACUAACACUCUAUCAAAGAAGAAAUGAUCUUUAUGGGCAAAUGAUAAAAGUAGCUACAGUCCAGGAUCCACCAGUUUCAUUAAUUGAACGGAAUUCUUCUGGUGAAAUUAUAGGAAUCAAAGGAUUUUUUGGUACCGUUAUACAGAUACUUCAAAAAAAUUUAAAUUGCACCGUCACUUACGCGGAGUGCGAUUCCUGGGGUUAUGUUUUACCAAAUGGCUCGUGGACUGGAAUAGUGGGGAUGCUCGUUAGGAAAGAAAUUGAUCUUGCAGCCACGGAACUAUUAAUGACGUCCGACAGACUCGAGGCCAUUGAAUUCACAACUCCUGUUUUUUCAACCAAAUGCAGAACCUUCAUUAAAAGACCAUACUUCACGGCUAUCAAGUGGACGGCUUAUUCUGAUCCAUUUUACAGUGGGCAUAGUACAGCAUUAAUCGAUGCUAUAAGAAUAAUUGAUUUGGUUGUUCAUUUGACCGGAGUGAUUAUUUUAGCCGCAUAUUCAGCGGCGCUUAUUAGUUUCUUGGCCGUUAAAAUCUUUAUUAUGCCAUUUUCAUCGAUGGAAGGCCUUUUAAACGACGGCUCUUAUAAGUUUGGUGUCAUUCGCAAUUCCGCAGACUACAAUUUUUUUCAGAAUACCUCUGACGUAAUACUACAGAGAAUGUUCGAAGAAAUCCUCGAUGACGUUGAAAACUUACCGCGCAACUAUUUGGAGGGUUUGAAUAAUAUUUGCUCGCAAGAUAAGUAUGCCUUCAUGGUCACGGACAAUAUGUUUGCAAUCUUAGAGCAUCAAGUCCCUUGCAUUCUCGAGCCAUUGGAUACGAUAAUGCAAACUACCCUUGCAAUGGCUGUUCCUAGUAGGAGUCCAUUUCGAGGAAUUAUUAAUAGCAAUAUUUUACUAAUGCGAGAUAGCGGUGUUCUUCAAAGAGUAUUGCCACUGAACUGGUCGUACAAUCAUCUAAGGUUAGUUAAUUUAUCUUGA